UCCAUCACAGCCUUGAUCUGGCAGUAACUACACUGCCCCAUGUCUUUCCUGGAGGAUGGGAACCACACUGCAGUGACAGAGUUCAUUUUAUUGGGCUUAACAGAUGACCCAGUUCUUAGAGUCAUUCUCUUCACCAUCAUCCUAUGCAUCUACCUGGUGACUGUGUCUGGGAACCUCAGCACCAUCCUUCUCAUCAGAGUCUCUUCCCAGCUCCAUCACCCCAUGUAUUUUUUUCUUAGCCACUUGGCUUCUGUUGACAUAGGCAUUUCAUCUUCUGUCACACCGAAUAUGCUUGUCAACUUCCUGGUGGAGAGGAGCAGUAUAUCCCAUACUGGAUGUGGCAUCCAGCUUGGCUCAGCUGCUUUUUUUGGAGCAACUGAGUCAUUUCUUCUGGCUGCCAUGGCUUAUGAUCACUUUGUGGCAAUCUGCAACCCACUGCUUUAUUCAACCAAAAUGUCCACACAAGUCUGUGUCCAGUUGUUUGUAGGGUCUUAUAUCGGUGGGUUUCUUCAUGCUUUCUCCUUUACACUUUCCUUUUUUUCUUUUCUCUUCUGUGGAACAAAUAGAGUCAAUCACUUUUUCUGUGAUUUUACUCCUUUAGUUGAACUCUCCUGUUCUGAUAAUGGUGUCCUUCUAAUUCUUGAUUCUUUUUCUGCUAGCUCUAUCAUUGUGGUCACAGUGUUUGUUAUAGUCAUUUCCUAUACCUACAUCCUCAUCACCAUCUUGAAGAUGCACUCUACUGAGGGCCGCCACAAAGCUUUCUCUACAUGCACCUCCCACCUCACUGUAGUCACUCUGUUAUAUGGGACAGUCACAUUUAUUUAUGUGAUGCCCAAAUCUAACUACUCCACAGACCAGAACAAGGUGGUGUCUGUGUUCUACAUGGUGGUGAUCCCCAUGUUGAACCCCCUCAUCUACAGCCUCAGGAAUAAUGAGAUUAAGGGUGCUCUGAAGAGACAGCUUGGUAAAAAAAAUGUUUUCUAA